CACAGCCCCGCAGAUGGAGACAGCCCGGCUCGUGUCCUUCAUCACUGAUGAAUGGAGCAGCAUCCAGGGCGCAUCACUACACACCUGCCCACUCUUGGAUAGACCACACGGAGGAGAACUGGAACCAGCAGCAGAACCAGAACCAUGAAGAGACGACAGAGAACCCCUCAGGAUGAAGACACAAUUGAGGACAACCUACAGCUUGAUUCCUACCGGCCUUCAUCCUCAUCAUCCCCUUCUCCUCCUCCCCUUGCUCUUCCUGACUCAGUCAUGCCGCCCUCCACAUCCGCAUCCGCCCUCCUGGCACUGGCCUCCCCGACAACCCGUCGCUCCAUCUCCAUGGGCGACUUCCGGAGGGUGACGGGAGCGCUUUUCGCCACCUCAGAGCCAGGGUCCACUUCGGCCACAGCCCCAUCCUCCAGGCUCGUCACGCCGAGCUCCAGCAUGGAGUUUGAAGCCGCUCGCCGGCGUCUCCUGGAGGUGGAGGAGCGCCAGCGUGUCAUCAGGGAGAUGGAGCGACGUCUGGAGGAGCUCAGAGAGGUGUUUGUGCGCUCCGAGCAGGAGGUGGUGCUGCACGGGGAGCUGCUCACCAGGAUGUCUGGCGCCUCCCAGCAGGGAGAGCUCUACGUGGCUGAGGGCAGCCAGCGCCUAAAGAAAGGCCUGAAGUUCAAGAAGCACCGGCCCACCAUCGUCUUCUCCUCCAUGCUGGGACUGCGAACAUGCCUGCCUUGGCCUGUGAAGCUCAAGUAGUGCAAUUUUUACUACUGUGAAAUGCUUCUGCCAUCUUUUAUUUCGCUCUCAUCACUCUCUUUUUGCUUGCUCUUCUAUCCUGAAGCUGGUCCUUCAGAUCUUUAGAGUGCCUGCAAUAUUCUCACACGAAACUACAAAAGCUAACAAGAAGAUGCUCUUCCUUGUUGUCCUGGAAACCAUGCUGCUUUUCAAGAUUGGACCUAGAACGAGAAUAGGUAGCGGCUGACUGCAUGGUGCUGCAUGGAUGAGUCACGUAUGAAGUGAUUCAUGCUUAAUUCAGAGUAGAAAAGUGAAGUUUUAAGGUAUGUUAAAGGAUUGAAAUGAGAGUUAUACUUGCUGAUGCUGCAUUGUUCUCUAAGAUGGAACGGAGAGAAGGCACCCGAACACAGAGAAAAUGUGCCUUGACGUCUCUCUGUGAUUCAUCUGCUACAAAAGCUCUUUUUUUGGCAGCACGGAGGACCAGCGAGACAGACGGGGAGGACUCCACCUGUGGCCUCCUGUCUCCUAGCAACCACUGUUUGCUCUUUCUCUAUAGCCACACAGAAUGUAUCCAACGAGAAGACAGCAGGCAUUGCAAACAAACAAGAAUCCAGGUUAGACGCGCUACGUGUGAUGUGCAAUGCAUUUAUCCUACACGACGUGGCACUUAGCGGACAGGACAUUAGGUACACAAAUGGACCUUCGAAAAGAUAAUGCUCAGCUGGAGUAAGGAUAAAACUAUAUUUGGUGACCUAAAAUCCAAUCACACACUAGAAAGGCAUAAAAAAUAGAUGGUAAAAUACUGUGCAAAACAAAAACAUAUGUGAUCAUUUGAAUUAGAAAAAAAUAAUACAGUCCAAAAAAAAGCAUUAGUCCGUUUUAUUGUGCAAGUGUAGCUGAUAUUGUGGCCGGUGAGUGUGCACAUUCAGGGAUGUCUAUUCUUGGCAUCUGAAGGUGAAGGCCUGAGAGGCUACAAGCACUCUCAGCUCAGCUUUCAUUGGAAACGUAUGUGGGAUGUGAGUGCACGAGCCGGAAAAGGGACAUCUUACUUGAGCAUCAAUGUUUUAGUAUAGCUUCCUGCCAUUCUGCUAAGAUUGUCACUGUUUAGAAUGUUGAAACUUGUUUAUAAACCCAGAAUGGUUCUGGUCUGGUACCAGUCUGCUUGUAAUCCGGAGGAAAUCAUUUCUGAUGCAUUUGAAAGGAAAUGACUUAUUAGGGUGUCUUCACUCUUGGCCCCUUUGAGUUACUAGUCAUUUGUGCAAAUGUGAACACUCCAACGCACUUUGAAACAAAGCAAACUGGUGUCAAUUCAGAUCACUUCAAGCCCUCAGAGCAGUUCAGAGAACCUGUGCGGUCCAGGUUCACUUCGCCUUGUAUUGCUGUUCGAUUUGAAGUGGGCUAGAAAGAGAUUAGGCGCAAUGUGAACACAACUAGAACCAAAUUGGUUUUGUCUGUUGAUUCACUUCACUAGGUCCACCUUAAUGGUGCUAAAGUUGGCUUUCUCUUGUCUUAACGAGUCAAUGGGUUUGUGAACGUGGCAUGUUUUUUUUUCCUGCUUUUUCUGUUCCUUCUCACACUGUCACAAAUGAAACUACAGUGCGUGAGAUCGCUCUCUUCUGUCAUUGGUCGAAUGUAAACAGAUUAGUGAGUAAAAAAAAAGUGCUACAAUACCAAAUUGGCAUUGGUUGAUAACUUUAAUAAUUGUGCUGUGAGAUCACAUGCAUGGUAAACCCAGCAAGAUUGCUUUUUACUCUUAUUGGUCUCAAAUAUAUAAGCAGGGAAAAAAAAUGGCUGACAGACGAGUGAGUGAAAAGCACUAACAAUCAAAACAUGGAGCAAGACUAUUGUUCAGAACUUUAAAAAUGCAUUUUCACAUUACAUUCUGACCGCAUACAUGCUAAAACGUUUACCUCAAUGGUCAAUGCUCACACCUGAAAACCUGAUUGGCUAAUUUGCCAGUUAGAUUGUAUAGAAAUCACAAUUCAGUAGUUUGGAACUGGAACAGAGAAUCCGGUCCACAUCAGAAUCGAUGGCUGUGAUCAAGCGAAGUGCACCAAAAGAGGAGACUGUUUGCUUUGUCUUAAAGGGACUUUACAGUGAAAACACCCUAAAAUGCACAAGUACAUUGUACAUAAAUGGAGUGGAGCGUUAGCUUUGAUUGUUUUUCCCACAUCAACUUUUCUAAAGGGCUCAAAGAAUCCGUUUGAUAUGGGAACACGGUCGAACAGAGGGGAGACUUUUCGGUUCUCGUCUUUCCAAUUCCUUAUAGCCAUAAUGACCUUACGAUUGACUUAAGUCUCGAUUGAUCAUUCCACUCAGCCAAGGUGAACAUCUGCUUGCCAUCUUUGCGCACAUCUCAACCAAACAAUUAUGAGCAAAGAGCUAUAGCACAGAUUAGGCCUUAGACAAGUAUAUGUACCAUCUACUGUAUAUCGCUUCUCAUAUGCCUUCUGCAAUGUCUGUGCAGUGGCAAUGAUAAAACCUGCUGACAAAGUGAUGGUAAAAGUGGCAAACACAUCCAAAAAAGACACAACAAUGCUGUUUUCAAGCUCUAUUUUUAGGACUAUACAUUUCCCAAAGAUCUCGGGGCCCACUUGCAGAAUGAAUGUAAUGUUUAAUAUUUCAAAAAAUCUUUAUUUGACUGUCGAGUAUUUAAUAUAAUAACUUUGAUUCUACCUUGUUUGGACCUCUGGAUAGCAUUGACCUUACUUAGUAUUUUUAUGUGAGCCAUGUAGUACCACUUAUUUGCAUUUUGCUCAACAAAAACGAAUGAAUUUGAUCUAACAAGUUAAUAAAAUAAUGGGGAAAAAAAUUGUGCUUAACUAACAAAAUAGAAUCCUAUGACUGACUGUGUAAAAAUAUUUUGACAAGAAAAUGUAAUAUAAUAUAAUAUAUUAUUAAAUAAUAUUAUAUAAUAUAACAUAUGCUCUUAACCAAACUGGUCAUACAAGUGUCCAAACUAUUUUCCAUGUUAUUUUCUAGAUUUGAAUGAUUUGAUUCUAAAUGUGUGUGUGUGUGUGUGUGUGUUGUGGUAGAAUUAAGCACUGAGCUUUGUUUUCUUUAAAUCACAUUUUUUGCUGUAAAUUCCACUUUCAGCGCGUAUGUGUUAGCUUGUUUGGCCCUCACAGUGAUUGUAAGUCCUUUGCGUUCAUUUGUAACUUUAAAUAUACAGCCUUAAUUCCUGACAAUUAAAUGAGAUGUACUUCUUAACUGAAUGAAAUAUUUGCUUGCUGCCAUUUUUCCUGCACAGGGAAAGAAUGAACAUUCUUAUGUUUUCUGCUUACUUUUUGACUGUGGUUUUAUGUUGAAGUUGAAUUUUCUUGACUGUUUAUUUAAGCACCAGGCUGCGAUGUACAAGACAAGGUCACAUCAUUAGGAUUAAACUGGCUAAAUGAUUAAAAUGUUACAUAAGAAAUGAAGCUGUUAUUCUGUGAAUUCCUAAUGGUUUGUAUUUGAUUCAGCGGAAAAUGACAUCACUUUGCAGUGGAUUGGCAUUCUUAUGUUGUCAUUGAAUCACUCACUUCUCCUCUAGAGGCUUUUUACUGCGGAAUGUAUUAAAAUCCCAGUUAGAUAACAGUGCAUUUAGAUGAAAAAAAAAAUAAUGGAAAUACAUCCCACCGCCAACUUAGUGCUCAUUAUUGUAAGCCAGGAUUUGUGAAGCUACAUUAAGCUGAUGUUUUCCCUUUGGCUCACUUAAUGGACGCAUUAAGCACAUCUUAUGGUGUAUAUGCUGUACGUAAGACAUUUACAUUUUUAGAAAUCACAGACGGUGAUUUUUAACACACGAGCUAAUAAUGGACUAAAACAUAUUUUUUCAAUAACUCCAGAGAUUUAUUCAUUCUUGCAUUUUCAUGUAUAAGCAUCCCACAAGGUGUUGUGCAUACAUACUGUGUAAAUGUCACCUGUGUACACAGCACGGAGCGAGGAAAAGUGUGUGUGUUGGCAAGGACAAGCAUCAUUAUUAUUCGGGACUUUGUUACAUAAGUGACAGGUUGGAAUGUCAUUAUACUGGACACGGGGUUGGAUGAACAUGGCGCACUACAGCUGCCAAGAGAAGUGGAGAGCUUGGAUAAGAGCGUCACAGAGGCAGGCAUGAUGGGAAUAUUAAAAAGGUGAAUGCAGCUGUCAAAUUGUACGAACAUGUUGGAUUCAAGAGCUUUUUUCUAUCCCGCCUGGACACUAAGAAGAAAUCUUCUAAGAUAAUAACACUCAGUUUUAAGAGGUGUUAAAGUACCAGUAUAUUUAUUAUUGUGGUA